AUGUCUGCUGACUAUCAUGCUAAGAUGCAACAGAUGUUGUUUAAUCGAUAUACGAAUCCAACAUCCAAUGUUGCCCAUGAAGCCAAUGUGACACACAUGACAAACCAAGGAUCAAAUGCACCUAUCGCCACGACUACAACUGCCACCACCACUAUGGCCCCAACAAUGAACACCUAUUAUCCACAUCCAAAUACCAACCACACAUCUGAAAUGAAUCUACUAACGCCAAACAUAUACGAAUACAAAUCAAACGUUAUUGACAAUCAAGGUGGUAACGAUGUUGGAUACUUCUCGACUAGAGCUGCUGUGUCGGUGCCUUCAUCACGAAUAGACAGUUACAACAGCAAUAACAGUAAUACUUUUGAAGAAGAAAUAGACCGGUUCACCAAGGAACAUGACCCUAAUGUUAUUCCGAUUCAUGGGUUCAACCAUCAUCAAGAACUGUUUGACGGUCAAUCUACAAUAGACAAUCUAUCUUUGCAGAUGCCUAUACCACCUCCACCUCCACAACUACAACUACAACAGCAACCAAUACCAACAUUACCGCAACAGGCAGCACUACCAUUACCACCACAUCAACAACCAAUGCCGCCGCCGCCAGUACAACCAUCACAACCAGUGAUGCAGUUUUAUGAUACCACUCAAGAAUUCGUUGAACCAAUGGCACGUCCCCAGCCACAUAGACAAAAUACAGCACCGGCAUCUAGUUUAUCUAUACAAAAUCUACAGCAGCAUCAGCUCCAACAUCAGUUGCAACAGCAACAGCAGCAACAAACACACUACAACCAACAUCAAAAACGCAGCAGCAUCAAAUCGUCCGACAUGGGUUUGACAAAUCGUCAUUUAAAUGCAGCAAAUGAUCAUUUACACGCAAGACGCGAGUCCUUUUCUCAUGAAACUAAACCCAAAAUCAAGAAAGGAAGACCAAGAAAGAAGCCAGUGUUCCAUUUACAAUUAGAUAAUGUUAAAAAAUGUGUCCCUACGAUAACAUCUUCACAAUCUGAUUCUGGCACAGAUUAUUGGAAUAGAACACCUAGUGGACAUGUCCGCCGAAGACUUGCAUCCACCACCAUGGCGAAUUUGGCUAAUGGGUCCAAUUUGAAAUCGAACGAGGAUGAUUUAAAAAUCGCCGACAAGGAUUUGAGUUUCGCUGACCGCAAUUUUGCCAUUCCUACAUUUAAUCUUACUCCUUCAAUGGACCCUCCAGGAAAUCCGAAUGGGUAUUUUGAACUAAAUAACACUCCUGGUGUCAAUGAGAAUCUUGCAACCUCGGGUGGAUACUUUUCACCGGCUAUUAAUGAUAAUUCGGUCAACAAUUUUAACAAAACGUUUGAGGAUUACUUACAAGAAGCAGAAAAAUUAUCUGAUCAUAAAGGCACAGGUGACAGUAAUAAUGAGAAUAUAGCUAACGUUAAUCAGGCCGAUGUUGUUGAUUUACAACAAGAUACAUUGGUAACUAAUUUUACAGAAUUAGACAUCCCACAAAAUCAGAAUAUGUUCACUCCAUUGAAUUUUGAGUCAUCUAUUGGUGACGACUUUUUAUCAUCUGAAAAUGAGGCUCAGUUGGAUCGUGACCGUUUAUACUCAAAUGAAAUUACACCGCAGUAUUUGACAGUUGGCUCGGGAGACGAGGAAGACGAUCAGAGACUGGAUUUCAGAUUGCAAUUGCCCACUUUACAGAAAACCGUUUCCAGUCAAAGUGGCCAUAGUCCAGCUUCAGUAGGAUCUGAUCUGGUAUAUUCUGCCAGUACUGGUUUCACACCACCUACAACGAGCACAGCAACUGCUACAAAUACCGCUACUACCACUUUAUCCAAACCUCUGAAAAAGAGAGUUUCCAAAGGAGCAGUCUGUAGUGUUUGUGACAAAUAUAUUAGCAGAGAUAUUGCUAGACAUAUGAGAAUCCAUGAUGAAGUUGGCCGUUUCCAAUGUGUGUAUCCCAAAUCAAUGUGUAAUCACAAAACACAAAACUUCAAUCGACCUUAUGACUACAAAAAGCAUUUAUUGCAUCUGCAUUUCGUAUUUGAUGAUCCAAAGGGGAAAACUGCAAAUACAUUGACUGACAAAUUACCUAUUAUGGGGACAUGUGAAGCAUGUGGUGCUCGGAUGAUUGCCAAUGAUUGGUUAGAAUCCCAUAUUUUAACAAAAGAUCCAAAAGUCAGAUGUCCCUACAGUAAACAGAGUUAG